UGUAUGUGUGUGUGUGUGUGUGUGUGUGUAUGUGUGUGUGUGUGUGUGUGUGUGUGUGUGCGUUUGUGUGUGUGUAGGAAACCCUUUUCACGCACCGCAGCUCAUGGAUCUAAGACGCAUCACAGUGGCAGUGCUUCUCCUGUGUAUGAGUGCAGCGUGGGCCCGAGUGCUCCUGCUCUCAGACAUGUAUGGAACCAUGCACUCGCCGGGCUUUCCUGAGCCGUAUCCAAAGGACAGUGAGGUCCAGUGGAAUAUCAGCAUUCCGGAAGGAUAUCAGAUUCGCCUCUACUUCAUGCACUUCGACAUCGAACCAUCUUACCUGUGCGAGUACGAUUAUGUAAAGGUGUACUCACAGAGCGAGGAGCUAGCAGUAUUUUGUGGAAGAGAGAACACGGACACAGAACGGGUUCCUGCUGACGAUGUUAUCUUAUCACCAGGGAACAUUCUCAGUGUGGCAUUUCGCGCCGACUUUUCCAACGAGGAGCAUUACUCUGGGUUUGAAGCGCACUACAGUGCAGUGGAUAUAGACGAGUGUAGAGAUAAAAACGAUGAAGUCAUGGCCUGUGAUCACUUUUGCCAUAACUAUAUCGGAGGCUACUACUGCUCCUGUCGAUAUGGACACCAGCUUCAUUCUGAUAAUCGAACGUGCAAAGUGGAGUGCAGUGACAGCGUGUACACCGAGGCUUCUGGACUGAUCACCAGUGCAGAUUUUCCCAAGCCAUACCCAAAAAGCUCGGACUGUCUCUACCGAAUCAACCUGGAGAAGGGUUUCUCUGUCACUCUGGAAUUUGAUGACACCUUUGAUAUAGAGGAUCAUCCCGACGUUACCUGCCCCUACGAUCACAUCAAGAUUCAGGCAGGAGAGCGAGUGUUAGGCCCGUUCUGUGGAGACAGAUCACCUGGUAGGAUCCAGACAGGAAGUAACAUUGUGAGCAUCCUGUUUCACAGCGAUAACUCAGGAGAGAACUUGGGCUGGAAGCUCACCUACACUUCGACAGGCAGUGAAUGUGCAGCUCCUAUUCUGCCACCUAAUGGACAGAUUGAACCACUACAGUCUAAGUACUAUUUUAAAGAGCAUAUCACGGUGACCUGUGACCCUGGAUACUUACUGCAAAAGGAUGGAGAAGAGUUGAAGCAUUACCAGAUAGAGUGCCAGGAAGAUGGGAAUUGGAGCAGCCGUGUACCUCUGUGUAGAAUGAUUGACUGUGGUCCUGUAGAUGUAUCUUUAGGAGACGUGGUGUAUGCUAAUGCCAGCAACAGUACUACCUUUGGAUCCAGGAUCCUGUACAGCUGCAAGAGUUCACCUGGAGAACAGAGUACAUAUACGUGUGAUUGGAGUGGUGUGUGGAAGAAUGAGGAAGGAAACAAGCUACCUACAUGCUAUCCAGAUCUGUACAAUAGCACACAGUCGGAUUCUGAAUUCCAGUCGCCCAGUACGACAGCUAAAGCCCAAGCAGCAUGCGGCGAGGAGUCACGGCCCUUCCCAUCCAUCCAGAAGCGGAUUGUAGGUGGACGUGCAGCAUUGCCAGGUCUUUUUCCCUGGCAGGUGCUUCUGUAUGUAGAGGACACAUCCCGGGUUCCAACGGGUCGCUGGUUUGGUAGCGGUGCUCUCCUGUCCCCAUCGUGGGUGCUUACGGCUGCUCACGUGCUCCGCAGACAGCUCCGGGACAUGUCGGUUGUUCCAGUGGCUCCCGAACACGUGCAGGCUACACUGGGGCUCACGGACGUCCGAGAUAAAUCACUAGCCAUCAACCGCUCCAUUGAGAUGCUUAUCCUCCAUCCAGAAUUUGACCCGCGCAACUACAACAACGACAUCGCCCUGGUCAAACUUAGCCAAGAUGUAGUACUGACUGAGCUAGUGAAGUCUGUUUGUUUGCCCCCACCGUGGGUCAAAGGUCAGACUCGUACCCCCUUGCCUAACACGCUAGGCGUGGUUGCUGGUUGGGGGAUCAACAUGCCUAAUAGCUCUGCCUUGGACAACGGGAUAACCUUUGAUCUUGGUGUCGUGUCGGAGGUACUGCAGUACGUGAAAUUGCCGGUUGUUGCUCAGGAAGAGUGUGAAGCCAGCUACACCUCGCGUUCUGCAAGCUACAACAUCACCGAAAACAUGUUCUGUGCCGGGUUCUACGAAGGAGGACGCGAUACGUGUUUAGGGGACAGCGGGGGUGGAUUUGUAAUGAAGGAUCCCCACAGUGGGAGGUGGGUGGUGCAGGGUCUCGUGUCUUGGGGCGGGCCAGAGGGAUGCGGUAGUCGGCAUGUGUAUGGGGUGUACACCCGAGUGGCCAACUACGCCAACUGGCUGCACAAAACCAUGAACACAGAGUGCUGGUGGUGACAGACGCAGGCAUCCGGGGGGAUUUUUCAGUCUUCAUGUGUAUCUUUUCUUUUCUGUCUUUGAGUGUUUUUUUAACAGCUUUUACAUUGUAUAGGUCACAAUUUAUAUUUCAUCGUUAUUUAUGACUAACUGAAUCUAUAAACGUUUGGACGUGUAUCUGUUAACAGUGUCAUUUGAUUUU